AUGUCUACUCAAAAAAAGACUAUCGACUUUGAUCCUUAUAAAGUACUUCAACUUCAAUCUGGAUGUACAUCGUCUCAAGUCGACAAAGCCUACAAGAAAAUGGCAUUAAAAUGGCAUCCAGACAAGAAUCCAGACCAAAAAGAACGUGCUCAACAAAUGUUUUUGAAAAUUUAUCGGGCAUUUGAAUUCCUCAAAGACGAGAUUGCACGGGGGGAUUAUGACGAACAAAUCGCAGCAAAACGGAAAAGAGCGGAAUUUGAAGAAACUAGGCAAGCAACGAGCUCGAAGGAAAGACUUGCACAUUUGACAAAACUUCGCGAGGCUGAAAAAAAUGCUGCGGCGGCAAGAGCAGGCGAAAAAAGGAAAGCAGAAACUAGGGAUUCCUUAAUUGAAGAAUUGAGAAGGGAAGGGGCUAAAAUGAUGCAACAAAUGAAGGAGGAACAUGAAAAGCAGCAAAGGAAUGAAAGUCAAUUAAUGUCUGACCAACAGAAAAAACAACAGAAAAACCAACAAAAGGACAUUAACAAGGAGCUAAGUAAUGAUGUAGAUGAAUUAGAAAGGGCGUUAUUUGGAGGGAAUUUCAUGAAACGAACUACAGUUCGCUUGGAAAAACAGCAGAGGGCUCAACAGCAACAAAAAGCUCGUGAAGAUAUAUUUACUGGUAUAAUGGCAGUAGAUCCUCCAAAAUAUUAUCCAACCGCUGAGCACAUCGACGAUGACCCGAAUUGGACGCUUGGUGGUGUUAUGAGCGAGUGGCGCUAUACAGUUUUGGAAAAUAUGAGAUUUGGGCGCUUCUCUUUUAAAGGACAAAAUCCGGAGGUUGAGAAAUUGAUGGAGUUUCACGAACGCAGAAGACUUUGCUUGCCUGACUUGGAUCCGAAGAACAGCGAUGACGAAGAAAAUGCAGAUGGAAGUGAUUCUACUGAGGAAGGACAGAUAAGCGAGGAGGAUGAGAAACCAGCUUAUUCAUCAACUGAAAGAAAAAGGAAAGGAAAUUUUGAAAAUGCUGGAAAGAAAACUUUUGAAAAUUCGAAUAAAAAAAGGAAAUGGGAUGGAGGACGACACUUUAAAGUUACUGGAAGGUUUCCAAAGAAAUGA